GGGUUCCGCCCGAGGCGAGGCAACCGGCCGUUAGGGCGAGAACGAGAUCAGCGAAGCCCCGCUCGCCUGCCGCCUCCCAUCAACUCCUCUCGGCUCCUCCCGUUUAUCCCCUCGCCUUGGCGUGUCGGCCUCGCCUCCCCAGGCCGGAAGCGCAGCCGCGGGGGGUGCCUAACCUUUGGUUAGGCCCGCCUCUUCUCUCGUCACUUCCGGUCCGAGUGCUUCCGGGUCGCCGCUGGCCGGGGUGCUGGUGUGGGUCCCGGGAGCCGGCGGGAGCGGUGGAGCCGUGCGGAGCCGUGCGGGGCCGGGCUCCGGCGGCCUCGCUUCCUGGCCGGCCGCGGAGCACUCCCCUGGUCCGUGGGUACCAUGCCAGUGCUUCCUGUGACGUGCCAGCCUCCAGCUCCAGAACCAUGGGAAAGAUAAGGUAGCCCUGGGUCUGAUGGGGAAGCCCAGUUCAAUGGAUACGAAGUACAAGGAUGACUUAUUCCGGAAGUACGUGCAGUUCCACGAGGGCAAAGUGGACACCACCCCCGGCAAGCAGCGGCCGGGAGGUGAUGAGUGCCUGCGGGUGGCAGCCGCCACCCUGCUCAGCCUGCACAAGGUGGACCCCUUCUAUCGAUUCCGGCUGAUCCAGUUCUAUGAGGUGGUGGAGAGCUCCCUGCGCUCCCUGAGCAGCUCCAGCCUGCGUGCCCUGCACUGCGCCUUCAGCAUGCUGGAGACAGUGGGUAUCAACCUGUUCCUCUACCCAUGGAAGAAGGAGUUCCGCAGCAUCAAGACCUACACGGGCCCUUUCGUUUACUAUGUCAAGUCCACGUUGCUGGAGGAGGACAUACGGGCCAUCCUGAGCUUCAUGGGCUAUGUCCCCGAGCUAGGGACAGCAUACAAGCUCAAGGAGCUGGUGGAGAAUCUGCAGGUCAAGAUGGUCUCCUUUGAGCUCUUUUUGGCCAAGGUUGAGUGUGAGCAGAUGCUGGAGAUUCACUCACAGGUGAAGGACAAGGGCUAUUCGGAGCUGGAUGUGGUGACUGAGCGCAAGAGCAGCACAGAGGACGCCCGAGGCUGUUCAGAGGCCCUGCGGCGGCGGGCUGAAGGCCGGGAGCACCUGACCACGUCCAUGGCCCGUGUGGCACUCCAGAAGUCGGCCAGCGAGCGGGCAGCCAAGGACUACUACAAGCCCCGUGUGACCAAGCCUUCCAGGUCAGUGGACACCUAUGAAAGCUACUGGGAGAGCAGGAAACCCCCCAUGAAGGCCUCACUGAGUCUACGCAAGGAGCCCCUAGCCUUGGAUGUUGGGGAUGACUUGAAGGAUGAGAUCAUCCGCCCGUCCCCAUCGCUACUGACCAUGUCUAGCUCCCCCCACAGCAGCCCUGAUGCCCUUCCGUCUGCCUCCCCCGUCAACGGCCUGGGCCUGCUGCGCAGUACCUACUUCUCCACGCAAGAUGAUGUGGAUCUCUACACAGACUCGGAGCCCAGGGCCACAUACCGGAGGCAGGACGCCUUGCGGCCGGAUGUGUGGCUGCUCAGAAAUGAUGCCCACUCUGUCUACCACAAGCGCUCACCCCCCACCAAAGAGUCUGCCCUCUCCAAGUGCCAAAACUGCGGCCUGCCCUGCAGCUCCUCCCUCUGCCAGCGCUGUGACAGCCUGCUUGCUUGUCCCUCAGCCUCCAAACCCAGCACCUUCUCCAGCAAGGCCUCUGCUCAUGACAGCCUGGCACAUGGGGCACCUCUUCGAGAGAAGUAUGUGGGCCAGACUCAGGGUCUGGACCGGCUGCCACCGGUCCACUCAAAACCCAAGUCCUCCACCACAGCCACCUCCCGCUGUGGCUUCUGUAACCGCUCGGGCGCCACCAACACCUGCACCCAGUGUUCAAAAGUUUCCUGUGACGCCUGCCUCAGCGCCUACCACUACGAUCCCUGCUGCAGAAAGAGCGAGCUGCACAAGUUCAUGCCCAACAACCAGCUGAACUACAAGUCCACCCAGUUCUCCCAUCUCGUGUACAGAUAGACCCCGUUGCACCUUCCGCUACAAGGGCUACACCACUGACCUGGCUGGGUCCCAUGAGGGAGGAGCAGGGUGGCCUCAGAGGCAGAGGCCCGUGCUGGACCACCGAGGUAGCAGGGGCUGCUGGCCACACAGAGUUCCCUUGGCUCUCUCCAGUCCCUCCAAUGGCUGCCUUGACCUCUGAGGGACAGGGUGGCACUCCCUUCAGCCCUUUUCACUGACCACUCCCUGCUCAGCUGAUCUGGGUUUUGGUUUGGGUUCUGGUUUCCUUGAAAGAGGGGCUCUGGGACUCUUGCCACACCUUUCUCUUCCACUCAAGAGCCAGCUUGGCCUGGGAAGGGCCCUUUGGGCCACUUUCAAAUGCCCACCAGGAGUGGCGAGCUAGAGGUCUGCUGGCUUGUGAAAUGAGCCCUCCUGCCACAUCGGGCCUCUCUGAUGGCUCGCCUCUUUUCCUGUUCCCAGAUAUAAGGAUCCCUAGCCAGAUGUCCCUGCCCCUCACUCCCCCAACCAUGUCAAAGAGGAGAGUCAAGUCCAGUAUUAGCUGAGUAUCAUCUUGCCAGCUCCACUCAAUCAGCCCAUGGCAUUGGCGAGCUCCCCUCAGCACAUUGGAAAGUGGACUCCAUGCAGGACCAGUGUCUGUCCUGUUUGCACACGCCCCUCUUACUGUACUGUACAUACAGAGUUUCGAGAUUUAUUUUUAAAUGAGUAUUCACCUUGCUAUGUUUCAAAAUGGUUAAAGAAAUUAAUGAUGUAGCUAUUUAUAAAGAUGUCCGGGGUUCUUUAGUCUUCCGAGAGAGGCCUCACCUUCUCCUGGGGUGUCCUUCACUUGCUAGGGUGGAGUGCAGAGCUUGGGGUAGGGGACUGACAGCCAAUGUUGGUGAAGAGCUCCUGUCUUCCCUGCAGUAGAUAUUACUUACCUACCUCCAGUGUGCAUGCGGGGGUUGGCAUGGGUGCCCAGGUCUGCGCCUGCAGAUGAUGACCCCGGUGACAACCAGGACCUCACCCUCUUAUUUACAGCUCUGGUCUUGGUGCCUGUGGAGCGUGAACCUCGCACUCUUAACCUCGAGUCUCAUUUCCAAAGGGUGAUCAGGUGAGGUGCCCACCACCCCAUCUCUGCCCUCACUGGCUUCCAGGACUUGCUGGCAGCGGCCCUCACAGCUUUUUUGCACUAGGAGUGGGCCGAGGCAGUGUGUGCCCAUCAGACAGAUGCCCCUCCGAUACUCAGCCAAACCUCCAGGUUUCCAAACCCGAAGGUCCCAACUCCUUGUUUCUGUUACCAACCUCUGGAUUUCCCUUUUGGGGAGCAGAGCGGGAGUAGGCAAGAAUCCAAAACUAUGGAUUCCUUGUGAACCGGUAACACAUUUUAGCCAUAAGUGUCUGUGAUGUGCACUAUUCCGGGGUCUAUGUGCAAGUGGGGUUUUCCCUAAGAAAGACUUUCAGCUCUGGUGCAGGUUUUAAUCUGGCUUGAGUCCUGAGGCCACUGUGAAUUUGUUGAUGAUCUUCCAACUUAGUGGAGUGCUUUUAAGGUUUUCUUCAUCUUCUAUGGCUCUUUUUUUUUUUUUUUUUAUUGAUUCCUGGCAGAUCACAUGGUGAUGUACAAUGUGUAUAUACAGCAGAAUUUACCCAACUUUCUUACCAUGGGCCUCCCAGCAUCCAUCUUUGUUCUCCCUUCUACCUGUCAGAGCUGGCGGUACCUGGCCUGCCCCUGAGAGCUAUAGUUUUCUAGCUGUCCCUUUCCAGUUUGCUCCAGCAUUACAGGAACUCUUAACCUACUGCGAUGCCACGGAACUUACAGUGAGUAGAACAGGAAUGGCCGAAUGAUCUGAGGAGGACAAAGUCCAGAGUGCUUCCUUCCCACUGAGGGAUGACUGGACUGGCCAUGCCCCUCCUAGCUGUGUGUCUUACUGUAUAAGAGUGCUGUGACCCGGUAGUUAAGUAUCCGCUAAUUUAAAAAUGCAGAUGUUUUGCAUUUGAUUUCUACAGAGUUGAAAUGUUCAGAGAAGAUUUAAAAAAUAAUAAAGUGUCUUCCAUUGUUAAACGAAGGGCUUCUGGUUUUGCAUGGCUGAGAAGCCCUGGCUAGGCAAUGACAGGACCCACUUUCCCCGGGACACUGCCAAUAGGCAGUGAGUGCUGAGGCACGCACACACCAAGGUUGCUUACCCGAGGGUCCUGGGCUGCUGCUUCCCGAUCCCAUCUUAGAGAUUGGAACCACGCCAGAGGUCAAGCUGCCUUUCCUCAUUGGGCCUGUGACCUCCGGGGGAUGAUUGCUGAUGGAUGUUCUAUGACAUCUGAGGCUGUUAUUCAAAAAUUUCAUUUUUUUCUGGGGUUGGAGAGGUGGCUCAGGAGUAAAGAGCACUUGCUGUUCUUCAGAGACCUGGGUUCAGUUCUCAGUACCGACGUUCCAGCCUUCUUGGGUAUUUCAUACAUACCAGUAAACUUUUUU